AUGGCUACCAGCCUCCCAACGACAAUGAAGGCUCUCAGAUAUGUAAAGCCGGAGAGUUAUUGCAUCGCUGAUGUACCCCUCCCAGACGUUCGAGAGAAUGACGUUCUGAUCAAGGUCAAGGCGUGUGGGGUGUGUGGGACUGACCUUCAUAUCCACGAGGGAGGGUUCCUUGCCAAGUUUCCCCUGAUUCCUGGUCAUGAAGUCGUCGGUGUCAUUGCUGCUGUUGGCGCACGUGUAAAAAGGUUCUCCAUCGGCGAUCGUGUUGUGGCUGAUAAUUCGGAACUGUGUGGGGAGUGUUUCUACUGUCUCCGGGGCCAGGAACUGCUCUGUGAGAAUUUCGAAGCACACGGUGUUACUAUGGACGGUGGAUUCGCUGAAUACUGCGCCUAUCCCGCCAACAAGGUGUUUAAAUUCCAGAAUCUCUCGAAUGUCAACGCUACACUCAUCGAGCCUGCAUCCUGCGCUGCUCAUGGGAUCGAUAGACUCGCCGCAGCUGCUGGUUCCUCUAUUCUUCUGUUCGGUGCUGGACCGACAGGGCUGAUCCUGGCUCAAAUGCUAAAGCAAAAUGGCGGAUGUCAUGUCGUCGUUGCCGCCCCCGAAGGCUUGAAGAUGGAUUUGGCAAAGUCUCUCGGUGCAGGCCAUGAGUAUGUCGCUCUGUCGCGUAAGGAUCCAGAUGCACAACUCCAGAUGCUCAAAUCCCACCAUCCCAAUGGUUUUGACAUUGUCAUUGAGGCCACUGGAAAUAUAAAGGUCUUAGAUGACUCCAUCCACUUCGUCCGCAAAGGUGGGAAACUACUCGUGUACGGCGUCUUUGCUGAUCACGACCGUGUGUCCUGGAGCCCUAGCAAAAUCCUCAACGACGAGAUAACGAUCCUCAGCAGCUUUUCUCAAGUCCAUAAAUUUCCCACUGCCAUUGACUACCUCGAGUCCGGUCAGGUCACCGUCGAUGGUAUUGUGAACAAGACGUUUAGAAUCGAAGAAUGGGCCCAGUGCUUAGAAGAAGUUCGGAAUAAGAACGCCAUCAAGGCGGCCAUCGUCUUUGACUAG